AUGGCUGUAGCAUCAUUGUCAUUGGCCGAUGUUUUCAGAAAAACUGAGCUGAAUGUACCAAACUUGCCAGAAGAUACUGAGCUUAAUGUACCAGAUUUACCUGAAGAUACUGAGCUAAAUGUACCAGACUUGCCAGAAGAUACUGAGUUGGAUGUACCGGAGAAUGAAAUAGGAGAAGAUGAUGAGGAAACUAGUGUAGCUACUCGUAAUAAUCUCUCUUUGGGAAAUUUUGGUGCUAACGAUAGGCUGAUGUCUAGGAUCACUCACAACGUAGCUGCUGCUACUUUAUUGAUUCAUGAUCAAGAAGUAACCUUCCGUGGAGCAAGAGGAACUAACAUCACAGCCAUCAGGGUUAACCAGGUUGGAACAAAUAGUCCCAUAGCAACACGAGUGGCCGGUGGUCUUGGCUCAGAAUUCGUCACAAUCCGACUUUACUCAGCUAGAGGAAGAGCUUACUCCUACACGAUCUUAGUUUACGCAGCGAUCAACUGCUCAAAUAAUUAAAUUCGCCAUAGUAAAUAAGUUGUAAUUGUUCGAGGUAUCUCGACUUGUUUCAAGUUUUGAGGAGCCCGUAGUCAUUAACAGCAUUACUCGACAAUCGAUGCGACGAGAAACUAAUCGAGUUACUUCGACAAAUAGUUUUAAGUAAGUUGUAAGUAAGAAUGUGUUUUUAUUUUAUUAAGAAAUGAAAUAAAGAUUGGAAGUUUA